AUGACCAUCAAGACUAUCUACGUCGCCCGCCACGGAUACCGUUCCAAUUGGCUCCCUGAGCCUCAUCCUCCUAACCCUACGGGUAUCGACAGCGAUCCUCCUUUGGCACCACAUGGUGUGGAACAAGCUAAAGAACUAGCCAACUACCUAACAUCGUUGCCAGAAGACGAGAGACCCCAGUUCAUCAUCUCGUCGCCGUUCUACCGUUGCCUCCAAACGUCUGAGCCCAUCGCCAAAGCAUUGCAUUUGAAAGUGACUAUAGAUACUGGAGUGGGGGAAUGGUUCAAGACCACUAGAGAAGUUAUUCCCAAGCCAGCCGGUUACGAGCAGCUCCGCCAGUUUUUUGCUGACACAAUUGGUGACGAAACACUCUGGAGUGGGUCUGGAGUUAUUCCCAGUGGUUCUGGUGAGACGGAAGAGGCCAUCUUCUUCCGGGCCCAAAAAUUUUGGAAAGCAUUCAUUCCAGCGUUUGAGAAGGCUCAUCCAGAAGUCUCCAGAGUGUUAUUUGUCACGCACGCUGCCUCUAAGAUCGCAUUAGGCUUGUCGUUGUUGGGAAAACUGUCUGUGCACGAUACUAUUGAGUUCAAGGGUAAAGAAACCAAGUUGCAUUCUGGAGCUUGUUCUAUUGACAAGUACGAGAACCAGAACGGCGAGUGGACCAUUUUGGAGAACGGCAAGACAGACUUUUUGAAGGACGGCGAGGAGAUGAACUGGAAUUUCGACGUGAAGUUUGAGGCUGGGUCCGACGAGGACAUCAAGGCCAGGAAAGCUGCUGCUGCUGCCACUGCUGCUGCUGCGAAAAACACCGAAUUUGAGGUACGUAGCAAAGUGUGA